AUGGGUAUCUCUCGUGAUUCUCGCCACAAGCGCUCGGCCACCGGUGCUAAGAGGGCCACCUACCGUAAGAAGAGAGCCUUCGAGAAAGGUCGCCAGCCAGCCAACACCCGUAUCGGCAACAAGAGAGUCCACGUUGUCCGCACCCGCGGUGGAAACACCAAGUACCGUGGUCUGCGCCUCGACUCCGGUAACUUCUCGUGGGGAUCUGAGGGAAUCUCCCGCAAGGUCCGCGUGAUCGUUGUCUCCUACCACCCUUCCAACAACGAACUUGUCCGCACCAACACCCUCACCAAGUCCGCCGUCGUCCAGGUCGACGCUGCUCCUUUCAGACAAUGGUACGAGGCACACUACGGUCAGAGCAUUGGCCGACGGCGCCAGCAGAAGUCUGAGGUCACCGAGGAGAAGAAGAGCAAGAGCGUUGAGAGCAAGCAAGCUGCCCGAUUCGCUGCUUCCGGCAAGGUCGAGUCUGCUUUGGAGCGCCAGUUCGAGGCCGGUCGUUUGUACGCCGUUGUCUCCUCCCGCCCUGGCCAGAGCGGUCGUGUCGACGGAUACAUUUUGGAGGGUGAGGAGUUGGCAUUCUACCAGCGUGCCAUCAGGAAGUAA